AUGGUUAUAAAUGUGGACGAUGCUUAUGAGCUGUAUGAGAGGAUAGCAGAAAAUCAAUCGAUGUGGCCGAGCGACAGGGAAGUCCCGAGGAAAACAACUAAUAUACAUAAUGUGAAUGCAGUGACAGCGUUGACAGCACAGAUGGAGGCAAUAACUAGAAAGCUUGACUCUUUGACCCAUUCCAUGAAUAUGGUACAAACUCUAGCUCUGAAGUGCGUAGGUUGUGGGGUAGAUCACAUUACUGCAAGUUGUCCUUUGGCUUCUACUCACAUAGCUCAGCCAGCAAAGGUGAGUUAUGCGCAGAACUAUCAGAGGCAAAAUGGACCUUACCCAUACAACUACCAUCCGAGUUUGAACAAGCAUCCUAACUACACAUGGGUAGAAAAUUCAGAUCAAGCAUUAUCAGUUGAAGAUGUGAAUUAUGCAACUAUCAAGACACCAUCGAUCAAGCCCGCUACACAUGUUCAAGCUUAUGUGCCGCCUAUCCCAUUCCCUCAAAGGCUUCAAAGACAUCCUAAAAUUGAACAAGUCCAAGUUAUCACAAUGAGAAUCAAAGUUCAACUACCAGAAAUCGCAGUGAAGAAGAAGGGGAUUGAGGAGAAUCGAGUACCGACCUCGGGGGAAGAACAAGUGGGUCAGUUUGAAAAAUCAUCAAAUGUUAAUCAAAAAGAUCAGUCAGACAAUCCACAAGUCAAGGCGACCGCUCUUAGCAAUAAAAACACACCUUUAGUUCCAUUCCUUCAAAGGUUGCAGAACAAUAAAAUGGACAAACAAUUCAAGAAUUUCUUUAACACCCUCAGACAACUUCACAUCAACAUUCCUUUUAUUGACGCUAUUCUACAAAUUCCAAAUUAUGCUAUGUUUUUGAAGGAGAUAUUGUCUAAGAAGAGAAAGUUGCCAGAACAUGAAACAAUAGCAUUAUCUGAAGAGUGCAGUGCAAUCAUCCAACACAGGAUCCCUCCCAAACUUAAAGAUCUAGGAAGCUUCACUCUACCUUGCUCCAUAGGAAAUUUAAAUAAGAUAAAUUGUUUAAUUGAUUCAGGAGUGAGUAUUAAUUUCAUUCCCUUACCUCUUUACAGGAAACUGGGAUUGGGAGAUCCUAAGGCAGCAUCUAUUAUCCUUCAGCUGGCAGACCGAUCACUGAAACACCCUUACAGAAUAGUCGAAGACAUUCUUAUCAAGGUGGGGGAGUUUAUUUUUUCAGCUGACUUCAUCAUCCUCGACAUUAAAGAGGCAUCUUAG